AUGGCGAGGAAACGUAUACUCCCUCUUAAGGAACACGGUGUCUUCCCUCGUCUGCGGGUUCCCGAGACCUCAGAGUCACUGACCUCCGUCCCUCAGCUUUCGGGGCUCGGCAGCAGAAAGGGCGGGCCCGGGCCUGGGAUUGGCUGGCGUCGACCGACUCCCUUCGCUGCUCUCCAUUCGCAAUCGCCCGCGGGCGCCUGCGCGAUGCGUCGGCCGUCGGUGGGGGGGUGGGGGGGCGGGAAGCGCUUCAGGGCAGCGGAUCCCAUGUCGGCCCUGAGGCGCUCGGGCUACGGCCCCAGUGAUGGUCCGUCCUACGGCCGCUACUACGGGCCUGGGGGUGGAGAUGUGCCGGUGCACCCACCUCCACCCUUAUAUCCUCUUCGCCCUGAACCUCCCCAGCCUCCCAUUUCCUGGCGGGUGCGCGGGGGCGGCCCGGCGGAGACCACCUGGCUGGGAGAAGGCGGAGGAGGCGAUGGCUACUAUCCCUCUGGAGGCGCCUGGCCAGAGGCUGGUCGAGCCGGAGGAAGCCACCAGGAGCAGCCACCAUAUCCUAGCUACAAUUCUAACUAUUGGAAUUCUACUGUGAGAUCUAGGGCUCCUUACCCAAGUACAUAUCCUGUAAGACCAGAAUUGCAAAGCCAGAGUUUGAAUUCUUACACAAAUGGAGCAUAUGGUCCAACAUACCCCCCAGGCCCUGGGGCAAAUACUGCCUCAUACUCAGGGGCUUAUUAUGCACCUGGUUAUACUCAGACCAGUUACUCCACAGAAGUUCCAAGUACUUACCGUUCAUCUGGCAACAGCCCAACUCCAGUCUCUCGUUGGAUCUAUCCCCAGCAGGACUGUCAGACUGAAGCACCCCCUCUUAGGGGGCAGGUUCCAGGAUAUCCGCCUUCACAGAACCCUGGAAUGACCCUGCCCCAUUAUCCCUAUGGAGAUGGUAAUCGUAGUGUUCCACAAUCAGGACCAACUGUACGACCACAAGAAGAUGCAUGGGCUUCUCCUGGUGCUUAUGGAAUGGGUGGCCGUUAUCCCUGGCCUUCGUCAGCACCCUCAGCACCACCCGGCAAUCUCUACAUGACCGAAAGUACUUCACCGUGGCCUAGCAGUGGCUCUCCCCAGUCACUCCCUUCACCCCCACUCCAGCAGCCCAAGGAUUCUUCAUACCCCUAUAGCCAAUCAGAUCAAAGCAUGAACCGGCACAACUUUCCUUGCAGUGUCCAUCAGUACGAAUCCUCGGGGACAGUGAACAAUGAUGAUUCAGAUCUUUUGGAUUCCCAAGUCCAGUAUAGUGCUGAGCCUCAGCUGUAUGGUAAUGCCACCAGUGACCAUCCCAACAAUCAAGAUCAAAGUAGCAGUCUUCCUGAAGAAUGUGUACCUUCAGAUGAAAGUACUCCUCCGAGUAUUAAAAAAAUCAUACAUGUGCUGGAGAAGGUCCAGUAUCUUGAACAAGAAGUAGAAGAAUUUGUAGGAAAAAAGACAGACAAAGCAUACUGGCUUCUGGAAGAAAUGCUAACCAAGGAACUUUUGGAACUGGAUUCAGUAGAAACUGGGGGCCAGGACUCUGUACGGCAGGCCAGAAAAGAGGCUGUUUGUAAGAUUCAGGCCAUACUGGAAAAAUUAGAAAAAAAAGGAUUAUGAAAGGAUUUAGAACAAAGUGGAAGCCUGUUACUAACUUGACCAAAGAACACUUGAUUUGGUUAAUUACCCUCUUUUUGAAAUGCCUGUUGAUGACAAGAGGCAAUACAUUGCAACUUUCCUUUGAUUUUAUACUUGAAAAACUGGCAAAGGAAUGGAAGAAUAUUUUAGUCAUGAGUUUUCAGUUUUCAGACGAAUGAAUGUAAUAGGAAACUAUGGAGUUACCAAUAUGGCCAAGUAGACUCACUCCUUCUUAAAAAAUUUAUGGAUAUCUACAAGCUGCUUCUUAUCAGCAGGAGGGAAACACACUUCACCUAACAGGCUUAUCAGAAACCUACCAGAUGAAACUGGAUAUAAUUGAGACAAACAGGAUGUGUUUUUUUAAACAUCUGGAUAUCUUGUCACAUUUUUGUACAUUGUGACUGCUUUCAACAUAUACUUCAUGUGUAAUUAUAGCUUAGACUUUAGCCUUCUUGGACUUCUGUUUUGUUUUGUUACUUACAGUUUACAAAUAUAGUAUUAUUCUCUACUUCUUGGUACAUUUUGUAGUAAUAUGUUUAAUAUAAUUAUUCAAGAGACUAUAUUGACAGCCAGAUAGUAUGGCAGUUCUGAAAAAAUUUAUAUCUUUUCACCACUUGAAUAUACUGCAACAUGUAGUGAGUAAAUUGUUUCCCUUUUUGUAUAGAUCAUUAGAUUAGAGUUUUUUUCUUUUUUUUUUUUUUUUUUUUUUUUUACCACUUCUGCUGUUCAUGGUAGUAGUGGAAGGUGAAUUUGGAAAUGGCAUUGACAUAAAAUGAAAAUGUUUACGGACACUUUUUUGCUUUUUUGUUGUAUUUGGAUAAAGAUCCACUUAAAAAUUACCUGUUUUUUUUUUUUUCCCCAAAGUGUAAUUAUGUUUUCACUAUUGCUGCUUCUCUUAGAGGGCAUUGUGAUAGAGAGAUACAGAUGAAACAUUAAAUGCCACAGUGAGUAGAAAUAAUGACUACAAAAAGUAAUAAAUAUGAUUACUCGGUAAUAUCAUUCGCCAUCUAAAAUAUUAGUUUCACCUGUGAGCAGAUUUCAGCUGUUUAUAGUUAGAAACAAUGAGGGUAAAAGGGGAUUCAUGCUCAGGGAAUGAAUCAGCCAUAGUUAGAGUGGGAAAUUAUUAUUUUCUUCAUUUAAAGUAGAUUUUAUUUUUAUUUCCCUAAAUUGCAUAAGAUAAAAUUGUCUGUUUAAUAAAAAGACAUUUAUUACCAUUAUUAACAGUCAUUUUAGAGCCAAAUUUAAGAAAAGGAUAUUGAAAGGGUCUUUGUUGGCCUUGUUUGGGUAGCUCUAUGGUGUUAGAUAGAAGAGACUUAGGUAAAUAAAUUUUUGUCUGAGGUGAGUAUACAAUAUUGGUUCUUGGAAAAACAGCUGUUUCUUCGUAAGAUACCCAAGUGAUAAUUUUUUUCCCCUAGACUGUCAGGCUUAUGGGUAAAUACUAAAUCUAUUAGCUGUCUCCACUCAUAAACCAAACCAAACCAAUACAAACAUAUUAGAUGAGGAGAGGAAAUGUAGUAAAAAUACUAGCUGGGUCUUACGGUUGGGAUGAAUGAUUUUAUAAGAUAAUAUGGUGAUAAUUUUAUUCUAGGAUUUUAUUUUUGGCCUAAUAUAGGAAUGUUUAAAAAAGGCUUUUCUAUGAAAAUUAGAAAUUUAUACUUGAAAUUAAAAGUCUAGAAGGGGGAGGACCUUAAAGCUAAGCUACCAGUAAGACAAUGAAUAAUUCAAAAGAGAACACUACUCUUUUACUGACUGAGUGCCCAAGAUGCCAAUUUCCAUGAAGUGUUGAUUUAUAUAUAUGUACACAUGUUAUGCACAUAUAUGUGUUUGUUUUCUAACAGUUAUUUUUUAAGCUUUUGAGAUAAUUUUAGACUUACAGAAGAGUUGUAAAAAUAGUAGAGUUCUUGUAUACUCUGCACCCACCUUGCCCUUAUGUUAACAUCUUACGUAACAAUAGAACAUUUGUCAAAAUUAAGAAAUUAACCUUGAUAUAAUACUAACUAAAGUAGAAAGUUUAAAAAGUAGAGAUUUUAAUCUUUUCACUAAUGUCCUUUUACUGUUCCAAGACCCAGCCUUGCAUUUAGCUAUCAUGUCUAUGUCCUGUCUUCCAGUCUGUGACAGUGUAUCACAACAGGGGAUACCUGAUGUUGUAAUGUAUUUCCGGUGUUGUUAACCUCGAUCACUAUGCUAAGGUGGUGUCUGCUAGGAUUCGCUACUGUAAACUUACUGUGUUUUCCUUGUAAUUAUUGAAUAUUUGCUGGAGAUACCCGGAGACUAUGCAAAUGUCCUGUUUCUGCUUAAACUUUUGCUUAUUUUACUAUCCAUUGGCAGAUCUUGCUUGUGGCAGUUACUACUGUGGUGUUCUAAUGGUGAUUUUCUAUUUCUCUCAAUCCUUCUACAUUUAUUAUUGGAAUUCUUCUGUAAGGAAGAGUUGUCACUUCUGGAUUUAUAUUUUUAACUAUAAUAAGAUAUUCAGGAUAAGUAUAGAUUUAGAACUUAAAGAUGUUAAAUCAUGUUAAAAUUAUUCCAAAUACCAAUAUCAAAGAAAACUAAGUUGGUAAUCUAUCUCAGAAAAUAAAUGAACUUAAGAAGGAAAAUAGUAUUUAUGAUUUGUAGAAUUGGUUCAACUUAAUACUGACUUUGGACUGAAUUCAAAGUUUUCUUGAAAUUUCACAUCUGGACUUUUUAAAGUGUCUACGUUUAUAUUACUUUGGGGAUCAUUUUGUCAAAGUCUUGAAUAAAGUUACCCAGUCCUGGCAUGAUAAACACAA